GGGGUGGUUCAUCCUCAGAGAUGCUCAUAGCGCAAAGAGUAACAACACGAGCAGGGUGAGACUCGCGCUGGGAAGAGAACAGACAAUAGCCUGCCAACCGUUGCCUCGCUGAAAAGAACAGCUGCGUUUGAAUUAUUAAACCGAAACAAACAGAUUAAAUCAUUUAAGUCACAUCAUCAAAAAAUCUGUCGCUAUUCGCUGUCAAGGAGAUAUACCUAGAGGACGGAUUGGUGGGUAGCGUAGGUUUAUAGAGUGUGAGUGCUGGAAUAAACCGAAGCGUGGACCGUUUCAGCACCUUGGACAGAGCACGGCGAGCAAGCGGGAACAUGGCUCCGAUGGGGACGGAAGAAACACAGUUCGUGGAGGUGCCAGUGAGUGUUGCAGUGGUGAGUGUGUUUGGCCUCGUCUCCUGCGUCUCCCUCUUCGCCUGGAUCUGCUGCCAGCGUAAAACCACCAAGCCACAGACGACACCACCCUACAAGUUUGUGCACAUGCUCAAAGGCGUGGACAUCUACCCCGAGAGUCUUAGCGCCAAGAAGAAGUUUGCUGCCACCGCCAAUGAAAGCAAGACCGACGUGAACGGAAACUGCAAUGCCAACAGCAACAACGCUAAACAACAAAAACAACCGCAAGCGGCCUCCAGCCCAGCAGGGGGCAGAACGCCCCUUCACCUGGACCUGGAGAAACAACGUGACCUGAACGGUAACUUCACCUCCACCACCAAACCUCCACAUUCCAACCCCCAGACCCACACCAAGGUCCGCAGCUCCCCAGACCUGGACAUUCCCUCCCCCCACCCAGGGUUCACCCAGCCUGGGGUUCCCUCCCCCACAACCAUUACCACCACCAAUAGCCUCUCCGGCCAAACCCCAAUCCCCACCCAGGGUGCCGCUGACCAAGACAAACCCCAGGACGGAGGCCCUGAAGUGGGCCUCGGGACCCUUCACUUCUCCCUAGAAUACAACUCAGAGAAGAAGGCCUUCGUGGUUCACAUCAAGGAGGCCCACGGGCUGACCCCGACCGACGAGCAGUCCCUGACCUCUGACCCCUACAUUAAGCUGACCCUGCUUCCGGAGAAGAAGCACCGGGUCAAGACUCGCGUCCUGAGGAAGACUCUGGACCCGGCGUUUGACGAGACCUUCAGUUUCUACGGGAUCCCAUUGGUCCGUGUGCAGGAGCUGUCCCUCCACUUCAUGGUGCUCAGCUUCGAUAGGUUCUCCCGCGAUGAGGUCAUUGGUGAGACUCUCGUCCCAUUGGCCGAGAUCAACCUGGCGGAGGGGCGUGUCCUCAUGAGCCGUGAGAUCAUAAAGAGGAAUGUCAGGAGGGGUGCUGGUCGAGGGGAGCUGCUGUUGUCUCUGUGUUACCAGUCCACCACCAGUACUCUAACAGUGGUGGUGUUGAAGGCUCGCCACCUGCUCAAGACCGAUAACCACACAACCUCAGAGCCGUAUGUGAAAGUCAACCUGUUCCAGGGGAAGAAGCGUGUCAGUAAGAAGAAGAGCCACGUAAAGAAGUGUUCCCCCAACCCUGUGUUCAACCAGCUGUUUGUGUUUGACGUGUCCUCCCAGGAGAGGCUGAGGGAAACCAGCGUGGAGCUCCUCCUAAUGGACUCUGAGUCUCCAUCAACCAGGAGGGGGGACUCCACCCGCUCCCCCAACCCCGUCCUGGGGCGCCUGGUCCUGGGUAACGCUGCCUCCGGCACCCCUGGAGAGCACUGGAGGGAGAUCUGCGACCACCCGCGCCGGCAGAUCGCCAAGUGGCACGCCCUGUCCGAGGACUAGGGUUUUAGGGUUGUGAUGGCGUAAGGGCAUUGCCUAGAAACCAGGCGUUGCCUAGAAACCGGCAGAUUAACCAACCAACGCCCAAGGAACUGUUGCUAAGUGAAAGGGGUAUGGGUUUGGGGGGGGGGGGUCAUUCUAAGUGAUGUCAUUAAUCAGUCAGUCAUUCAGUCAAUUUAUCGAUCGUUGAAGUCAUUAGGGUUUGUUGACUGAGGAACCCGAUCGUCCGUCUACGAUUCCAAAACACCCGGUAAUUAAAUUCUAUCUCCAUGGCAACAACGACCGAUCGUCACGGGCAACCGUGCGCAGUGCAGAACGUCCCAGUAACUGUCGCUAACACUCUUCUUCUUCUUCUUCUGCUUCUAUAAAUAUUACUCCGUUGUAAAGAUGGAAACAAAAUAACUAAACCUGUUAAUAUUACUACUGCUGUAUAAAGACGUGGAUUUUCAACCCUUUAUUUUCUAAAGAUGCUAUCUAUUAUUUAUCAAAUGUUUUAUUUAUUUAUUUGUUGGUUUUUGUACUCUUCUGGUUGAGUUCCUGACUAUGUUUUGUAAGUAAAAGUGGUAUUUCAUAUCAUUGCAUCAGAGGGGUGAGAAAAUCCUAAAUGAGGUGACAAGAGGGAAGCUUGGAGCGCAUAAAGGACAUUGUGCAUGUGUGUGUGUGUGUGUGUGUGUGUGUGUGUGUGUGUGUGUGUGUGUGUGUGUGUGUGUGUGUGUGUGUGUGUGUGUGUGUGUGUGUGUGUGUGUGUGUGUGUGUGUGUGUGUGUGUGU